AUCGGUCAUGUCGACGCUCAUGGACACGAUGGGAAGUCGAGAGGGCAGCUCUCGUGGGCAUUCCACCGUGUCGGAACUGUCUUUCGAUGAACAAGAGCCGCGGCUGCGACGACAGUGCGAAUCGUUGCUGAAGAAUGCUUUGGCGUCUCCAAUUAACAUUGCCAAGGAGGCAGGGUGGACGCUCAAGCAUGAAAAGCAAGGGGUCCAAGUAUACCGCAAGCGCCUCGAGGACAAGGAGCUGGACAAAUACAUGGUCACGGGCACGUUGAACGCUACACUCAAUGGUCUGGCUUGGGGGUUGUAUGCUGCCAACACGGACGACAUGCGCAUCUUCGCAUCGAUUUUGUACGAGAGCGAGUUUAUGGACGCUAGAGUGGUGCGGGUGUUCGAAACUGCCACCGCCGACGACUCGUUUAAGUUUUCCGGUGUGAAAUACUUGAAGACGCAGAUGCCAGUGCAAGCUGCCCACGGCAUGCGCGAUGCCGUGUACUUUGAAUACUCUGGCUGCCGAGUGCUGCCAAAUGGCCAGCGAUACUUGUUCAUUGUGCAAGACGCCAUCCAGUCCAAGCAAGCGCCACCGCUGAAGAACGUUGCAAGAGAAUUCAUCACAAUGGUGUACCUGUUUCAUGAGUUGCCUGAAGGACGAGUGCAGUGCACGAUGGAGUCGUCUGUGCUGCCGAAUGGAGUGAUUCCGACAUGGUUUACAGCGUACUCGUACUGGCAAACGAUGGUGCGACUGGAAGCUCUUCCCGAAACCCGCAGGAUUGUGACGGCGCGUCAAUUUACCGGGAUCGUCACUUGGGUCCCCGACAGUGCGAGAAAACACUGCCACGUGUGUGCCAAGCGCUUCAACCCACUUCGGACACGCCACCACUGUCGCUCGUGCGGCGAUAUCAUGUGCAUGGCGUGUACGGUGCAAAUUGCGUAUACGCCGCUCUGUCUACAGUCGGAACCGUCUCAAAAAGCGAUACAAGAACAUAAAAUCUGCUCCAGAUGCAUGACGGUUGCGAAACAGAACGUGAGUGCUCAUCCACUGCACGCGAUCAACCCGUCCAAGUCGGUAUACAUGAGUCCUUCGAUUGACGCGAGUCCGAUGAUCCAUUCGUCCACGGCGUCGUCGUCCAUGUUGUUUCGAAGGCGAACUUGCCCGGACGAAGGAGACGACGGACCUGUGCCGAGCCCUGUCAAGGAAACCCACCUUCGCGGAAUUUCAUCAUCCGAUCCCGCGGCCCAACACCAAAGGCCCAAGCAUCCCCAGCCACGAAAAUGGGCCAGCAUGGACGGCGGAUACCUGGCAACGGAAACGGGUGAUCUGGACCAUGCGAAGCCGUUCCAGUCGAUGACUUUGACAAGCCCGGCAGGACGGAAGAAGCCAUGCCCGGCGUCAGCAGCGGGGGCGCAAGGGUUUAUCGUGUGCCAAUUUAACGGUGGUGACCUGGAAGCAAUCCAAACGACGGACAACGGCUUGACUCUGUCGAUCGCUCACCAAAACUAAUCUUCUACAUACAUGGUUGAAUGCAGCACAACGACAAGUAUGCAAAUUAUCCAAAAUUUC